AUGGAAGUGUUGAUGCUCUGGCUUUUCCCCUGGAUAUUUCAGUGCGUUUCGGUGCGGGCGGACUCCAUCAUCCACAUCGGUGCCAUUUUUGAGGGCAAUGCUGCCAAGGACGACGAGGUGUUCAAGCAGGCGGUGUCGGAUCUGAACCUCAAUGACGACAUCCUCCAGAGCGAGAAAAUCACUUACUCCAUCAAGCUCAUAGAGGCCAACAACCCCUUCCAUGCUGUGCAGGAAGCCUGCGACCUGAUGACCCUGGGGAUCUUAGCCUUGGUGACAUCCACAGGUUGCGCCUCGGCCAACGCCCUGCAGUCCCUGACAGAUGCCAUGCACAUCCCACAUCUCUUUGUGCAGCGCAACACGGGAGGCUCCCCACGCACCGCCUGCCACCUGAACCCUAGCCUGGAGGAGGAGGAGUACACACUGGCUGCCCGGCCGCCCGUCCGCCUCAAUGAUGUUAUGCUGAAAUUGGUCACUGAGCUGCGGUGGCAGAAAUUCAUCGUCUUUUAUGACAGCGAUUACGAUAUACGCGGACUGCAGGGAUUUCUGGAUCAGGCCUCCAGGCUGGGACUUGAUGUGUCAUUACAAAAAGUGGACAGGAACAUCAGCAGAGUCUUUGCCAACCUUUUCACUACAAUGAAAACAGAAGAGCUGAACCGCUAUCGGGACACAUUACGAAGGGCUAUCUUACUGCUAAGCCCACGGGGAGCCCAGACUUUUAUUAAUGAGGCUGUGGAAACCAACCUUGCAUCAAAAGAUAGUCACUGGGUCUAUGUAAACGAGGAAAUCACUGAUAAUGAAAUAUUAGAGUUGGUGCAUAGUGCCCUUGGGAGGAUGACAGUUAUCCGGCAGAUUUUCCCUCUCUCAAAGGACAAUAAUCAGAGGUGCAUGAGGAACAAUCACCGAAUAUCAUCACUGCUCUGUGAUCCACAGGAAGGCUAUCUUCAAAUGCUGCAGGUUUCCAACCUGUACCUGUAUGACAGUGUGCUCAUGCUAGCCAAUGCUUUCCACAGAAAACUGGAGGACAGGAAAUGGCACAGCAUGGCAAGUCUGAAUUGCAUGAGGAAAUCCACCAAGCCUUGGAAUGGAGGACGAUCCAUGCUUGAGACUAUUAAGAAGGGCCAUAUAACUGGGCUUACUGGUGCUAUGGAGUUCAGAGAAGAUGGCGCCAACCCCUACGUUCAAUUUGAAAUACUGGGCACUAGCUACAGUGAAACAUUUGGCAAAGAUGUCCGGAGGUUGGCAACGUGGGACUCUGAAAAAGGACUGAAUGGUAGCCUGCAAGAACGACGUCUGGGAAGUGAUUUACAAGGACUGACACUCAAAGUGGUGACUGUCUUGGAAGAACCUUUUGUGAUGGUGGCAGAGAACAUACUUGGGCAACCAAAACGUUACAAAGGAUUUUCCAUUGAUGUCCUGGAUGCACUGGCCAAGAAUCUGGGCUUCAAAUAUGAGAUAUAUCAAGCUCCUGAUGGGAAAUAUGGACACCAGCUUCAGAAUGGCUCCUGGAAUGGCAUGAUUGGAGAACUUAUUAACAAGAGAGCAGAUCUAGCGAUUUCUGCCAUCACUAUAACACCUGAACGAGAGAGCGUUGUGGACUUCAGCAAGCGGUACAUGGACUAUUCAGUGGGGAUCUUGAUCAAGAAGCCUGAAGAGAAAAUCAACAUCUUCUCUCUCUUUGCUCCUUUUGACUUUGCGGUGUGGGCUUGUAUUGCUGCUGCCAUCCCUAUAGUUGGUGUCCUGAUAUUUGUCUUGAACCGGAUCCAGGCAGUCAGGGCGCAGAAUGCCUCCCAGUCAAGCCCCUCUGCCUCCUCCACCCUGCACAGUGCCAUCUGGGUUGUGUACGGCGCUUUUGUUCAGCAAGGGGGUGAAUCUACUGUCAAUUCUGUGGCUAUGCGCAUUGUGAUGGGAAGCUGGUGGCUCUUCACCCUUAUCGUGUGCUCAUCCUACACAGCAAACUUAGCAGCAUUUCUCACAGUAUCAAGGAUGGAUAAUCCUAUAAGAACAUUUCAGGACCUGUCUAAACAAAUGGAUAUAUCUUACGGUACAGUCAGAGACUCAGCAGUAUAUGAAUACUUUAAAGCAAAAGGAACAAACCCUCUGGAGCAGGAUAACACAUUUGCUGAACUUUGGAGGACAAUAAGUAAGAAUAAUGGGGCAGAUAAUUGUGUAUCGAACCCUUCUGAAGGCAUCAGGAAGGCAAAGAAAGGAAAUUAUGCAUUCCUGUGGGAUGUGACAGUGGUGGAAUAUGCUGCGCUGACAGAUGAUGAAUGCUCUGUGACAGUCAUUGGUAAUAGCAUCAGCAGCAAAGGAUAUGGAAUUGCACUCCAGCACGGAAGCCCCUACAGAGAUCUUUUCUCCCAGAGGAUCUUAGAGUUGCAAGAAAGUGGAGAUUUGGAUGUUCUUAAACAAAAAUGGUGGCCACGGAUGGGACGUUGUGACCUGAAUAGCCACACAAAUGCACAGACAGAUGGGAAGGCUCUCAAGCUGCACAGUUUUGCAGGUGUUUUCUGCAUUUUAGCAAUAGGCCUUCUACUUGCCUGCUUGGUGGCAGCAUUGGAGUUGUGGUGGAACAGCAACCGUUGUCAUCAAGAAACACCGAAAGAGGUACAGCAUGGGCAGCAGCAGUGCAAACUUCCCCACAUUGCCCCACCAAUGUGCCUCAACCCUGACCUGGAGAGACCACCUUUAGGGGAUAAAGAAGUGAACCUGGAGCAGGUCCAUAGACGCAUGAACAGUUUAAUCGAUGAAGACAUAGCCCACAAGCAGAUCUCUCCAGCGUCCAUCGAGAUCUCAGCCUUGGAGAUCGGUGGCAUGCAGCCAGCUCAGACCCUGGAGCCGGUACGCGAAUACCAGAACACGCAACUUUCUGUCACCACCUUUUUACCAGAACAGACAACUCAUGGUGCCAGCAGGACACUCACAGCUGCCUCUGGCAGCAACCUGCCGCUGCCCCUGAGCAGCUCUGCCACCAUGCCCUCCAUACAGUGUAAACACAGGUCACCAAAUGGAGGACUAUUUCGUCAGAGCCCCGUGAAAACCCCAAUCCCUAUGUCAUUUCAGUCUGUGCCGGGGGGAGUCAUUCCAGAAGCAAUGGAGCCCUCUCACGGAACAUCCAUUUGAUGAAAACAAACAGUAACACAACCA